UGCAUUCUUUUUAAAAUUAUAAUUGUAUAAUGCAACUUGAAUUGGUGUAAGUUGGUGAAGUGUAUUAUGUCGUACUGUGUUCCUGUUUGGGAAAUUCUGGAGCGGUUCUCAUGUUGCUCUUGUAUGUGGACAAUCAGCAAAGUUCACAAACUGCUUUAUGUCUCUUUUCAACCUGACGACUCAGCUUCCUGAUGUGGCCACUACUGCUCUGAGCUCACUACUUGAUAGAUAGCACCAUGGUGAAAAAUCUGCUUUAUGUUCCAGCGCACCUUCAGGUCCGAUGCUCUGGUAGUCAUGAUUUCUCUUCAGUCUCCUGUUCUUGCGAGUGCUUUCUGCAAACCUGAAUGCAUCUUCAUUUUGUUUCUGUAUUUGAGCCCAUGCUGCAGUUGAAAAGAUUCUUGUGCUUCAGCUUUGUUGCAGUGUGCAGCAAACCUUCAUUCAGAGUCACAGAACUGAGAACUGUAAGGCUGUUUGGAGCGAAGUGGCAGCUGGGGAUCACCAGAGUGCAGCACUGUAUAUGCAUCAGGGACUUGAAGGUCUUAAGCAGACCUUCAGGUAGGAGGAGAUUAUACUGCUGAAAGCUGGCCAGACAGUGCUGCUUUGAAUUGUUCUAUCACACACAAGGGAAAGGUGUGCAGCUGAGAAGCCUUUGUUAUGUGGAAGCUCCAGAACCAAGAUCUGGUAGCAUUGCAGCCCAGUCGUGUUAGAGUUGCAGCGUCAUCUUUAAGAAAAAAGUAAACCUGUCUUCAUUUGCAUCAACAGCUAAAGCAAACCAAUAUUUGGGAAGGUAGCAUUUGCAUUUAUUGCUAGCCCUAACUGCUGCCAGUGCAGAAAACGCUAAAUAGGUGUUGUUUUAAUGUUCUGCUUUUCUUUCCUCCAUAAUGCUGCCUGCGUGUGUGUGUCCAUGAUAAUAAGCAUCACCUGUGAUCUUCAGUAAUAGUCCUCUUUUACAGUAUCUCAUCUUGAUGGAACCAGUCCUCACCCUUGCUGCUGUCCUUUUGCUGGCUUUCCAAGAACUCAAAUAAAUGCUCAUCCUUUGGCCAGGUCUCAUCUCAGUCACAGAAAAAAACCCACCCCAAAAUUCUGAAGAAACAGAAAACAGUAAUACAGCAGUAUGAAAAUUAACCUUGUUAGGACAGUCUUGCUCAGCUUUGUAAUGUUUUAUUUUCCUUUUUUUUAUAAGCCUCGAAUAUUUUGUGCAUUAGACUAUAUCAUAGCUUCUUAGCUAGAUAUUGCCAGAGUUGCCGUUUAUAAAAGAUUACAAGCUAUUUCCAGCAACUCACAGAGGCACCAAGUCUUGACAGGCACAGCUUUCUUUAUGGGUUUUUUUCAGAGUGAGGUAUGAAAGUUCAUCUGGGGAGUAUGUGAAAAGAAAUACUGUUGUGCUAAGGAACUGUAAUUCUGCAGAGAUGUGUUACUUUUAUUCACUGCCCUUCAGGCUGACUUUUGGACAGGGUCUCUAGAAACAUGGUGUGGGCAAGUCACAGCUCCAGCUGGCAGGAAUUCUCUUUUUCUCUUUCCAAAUCUCUCUCUCUAGCUGUUUUAGAAUGUGGAGUGGGAAUACAAUCUUAAGCAGUAGUACUGAUUGUGGAAGGACCACCAUAACCACAAAUCUGGUCUUCUUCAUUGCAGCCUGUUACAUUGCUCUGGGGGCUGGACAUAGGUCACAGUGAAGCAGCUGUGUGGAGUCUGCACUGGGGACAGACAGCCCAGGUUUUAUUUGCCUAAUUCCCCACGUGAUGGAACGAAUCUUUUCUUGACCAGCAUGGAUAUGUAGACCUUUUCAAGAUGGUUAAGAACUGUGGUGAAGAACCAAGUGGGAUGACAAGAGGGAGCAUCCACUUCUGCUGACAUCUGAUUUGUAUGUUUGAAAAUAUGGUUUCCUGACAGAAGAGUGUGUUGUAUUUUUUAACAGCAUAUCUUUAAUAGAUGUGCCAUCAGUGGUGGUUUCGGAAAGAUGAGAAGGCACCCAUUGCGGGGCAACUCGGUGAAGCUGAAAAUGUCUGCUAUUUCUGUUAUGUGCAGCCCGGUUACAAGAGGGUUUUUGUGAUUUCUGAGCUUGGUGGUCUCAGCCUCAUGUCAACAAACUCAAACAAAAAGCAAGCUGAUUUUUAGAAAACAAAAUGCCACGGAAAAGGAAAACUGGUGGAAGUCCUUCUCGGAAGAUUGGCAGUUCUGACAGAACUGCUGUUGCUGUAUCCCAAGGGGACUCUAGCCACUCAGUGUCACAAGCAGUGCAUAGUGUCAAUAAGGAAGAGCUCUUCAACAGCAUGUCGGAAAUGUUUUCUGACCUAGAUCCCAGUGUGGUUUAUAUGGUUCUGUCUGAAUGUGAUUUUAAAGUAGAAAACGCUAUGGAUUAUCUGCUAGAGCUGUCCACUCAUGCCAAAGGAGUAGCAUCUUCAAAAACCUUGGGUUUUGAUUCAGUAGCAUCAUCGCUAGCUCUCGUUAAUCAGCAAAGAUCUGUUGGAAAUGAAACAAUGGGGGAAAGUACUGGAGAACAAAAUAAUUCUGAAGAAGCAAUAGAAAAGGUCCUGUCACCUGAUGUGCAGCUGACUGAAGAACUGGAUUCCUUAAUAGAAAAUGCCUUUCAGAGAUACAGCUCGAGUGAUGAAUUGCCUAAUCCUACAAAUGACCAAAUAGUACAUAAGCACUCUGUGGAACACGAUGGCUUUAAUCAAUUUCCUGAGUGGGAAAAAUCUGAUUCAGGUUGCAAUGCCCUACUUUUUCCACAGCAAACAGGGACAAAUAAUGAGGUUUCAGAAAACUUCUGCUGCUCUCAGCCACCAGUGAGUCAGCUGAGUGUCCAGACAAGCUCACCAGCUGCAUCAGACACUUCUGCACAGAUCUUGGAAGAUUCUGAUUUUUCAGAAAUACAAGUUCAGCAUGGUGUAGCUUCAAAAGUCUAUAAACAAUUGAAUGGAGAAGUAUCAUAUGGAAGUCCUGAUCAGACACAAGAUACUGUUUUGGAUCAAAAAAGUGUGACUGCUGCUUCUGGUCAGUCUUCACAAAAACCUCUGGAACUGGGAGUAACUGCCACUGGAAAUCCUAAUUCAGGGUGCAUGGAACAGCAUGAAGUGAUAGUGACUGCUUUUAACAGUCACCAGAGCAGUUCUCCACCGGAGGUGUAUGUCUCUCCUGAAACAUCCAGUUUCAAAACAUCAAAACCUUCAGAUUUUCAGCAAACUCAGCAGGGUUGUAACUUAAAUUUUUCUACACUGUCAUGUCAGCCUCAACAACACUGGAAUCUCAUGGCUCCUGUGUUUUAUCCAUCCAGUGGAAGUCACAGUUUUGUAACUCCUGUGGCUGUCAGUCCAGGGCAGUGGAGACGUGUUUCAGACUAUAGGACAUUGGAAAGAGGACUUUGUUUUUCCUCUCCAGUGGUUUCAAAUGCCUGGGAUAGCAACCCUUCUCUGAAGGUAUGGGGAAAUCAAGAUAGAAACUCAAAAUUGAACCUCUUGCAAGCACAGCAGCCACCUGUUUGUCACAUGAUGAGAAAAAAGAUGCACCUUAUAGGUCAAGUACUUGUUCUUCUCAGAGGUGUUCCAGGAUCAGGAAAAUCAUAUUUGGCAAGAGCGUUGCUUGAGGAUAACCCAGGCGGAAUCAUUCUUAGUACUGAUGAUUACUUCUAUAAACAUGGACAAUACCAUUAUGAUCCUGAUUGCUUAGGGGAAGCGCAUGACUGGAACAGGAAGCGAGCCAAAGAAGCAUUUGAAAUGAGAAUCUCUCCUAUAAUAAUAGACAACACAAACAUACAAGCAUGGGAGAUGAAGCCUUAUGUUUCUUUGGCUCAGCAGUUCAAAUAUAAAGUCAUGUUUCGAGAACCAGACACUUGGUGGAAGUUUAAACCAAAAGAACUUGAAAGGCGAAACAUUCAUGGUGUAUCUAAAGAAAAGAUCAGAAGUAUGUUGGAACGAUACGAAUGCUGCCUUACUGUUAGUUCAAUAUUGGGUUCUUCAGUCCCAGACAAAUCGGAAGCUGCUGGCUGGAGUGAAGGUCCUUGUCAGGAGGAAAGCCAUAGAAAGAGAGAGGCACGUUCUGAGGUAAAGGAAGAAAACUCUUUAGUUUCUGAUGUGGAGCCUCUUGAAUUAGCUGAAGAUAAUAAAACUUUUCCCAGGACUUCUUUAACAUUAGAAAGUAACUGUGAUUCUGAAUGUUUUCAGAAAGAGGAAAAAGAAACAGAAAAUAACUCAGUGGAACACAAUUCUGAGAACAGCACUGUUCUAGAUGACCUGGAUGAUUAUUUGUCAGGUUGUAUAGAAAAAGAACUGCCCUUGAAGAAGAAAGAAGAAAAGGGGGAAAAACCAGAAAAAAAUACGGAAACACAAGUGGAUGAGAUUGAUGUGAACUCAACUAAAGAGACAGUGUGCUUGCAUACAGGAGGAAUUGAGGAGCACAGUGAUAACAUUCUCAACGUUCAAGCUGAAGCUGAAGAGUCUCAUGAAAUAUGUAUGGAACCAAAAUCAACACAAAGUAGUAACACAGUGGAACCAAGCAGUUCAGCUUUUGACACGUCAGGAAAACCAGAACUACUAAACUUUCUGGGUGACUGGCCUGUAGAACAAACAAUGGGACAGAGAGUCAAAAGAGCUAGAAGACUAGAAAAAUCUUCUCUGAAGAGUGAUAAAGAACAUAAAACUUCCAGUCAGCAGCAUCCUGAGUUAGGUAAAGAGCAAGUGGGUGUGCCUGGGACCUGUACUGUUGAAAAAGAACAUGAAGAAGAAAAUCUAGCCUCUAGCUGUUCCUCUGUUAGUUCAGAUAAAGUUACUCUGGAACUGCAAAUGGUAGGACAUUGGCCUGUGUCAGGCUCAUUAGAACAGAGACAACAAAGGUCAAGGAGAGUGAGAAAGACAAGUCUAAAUCAGUCCGAUGAAGGUCGAAGUACUGAAGGUGACAUUAAUAGAAAUGCUCUUGAGACUGUAGAUGUGCUUCGUGGGACACCUAUGAAUACCGCAGAGCAACCAGAUACAAGUUUGCAUAUGUACCAAUCUGAAACAGUAGCUAGUGAAACAAUAGGUGAGAAAAAACCCCAGCAAAGUAAAAGAAUGAGGAAACAUCACAAAUUAGCACUCACUUUUACAAACAACAAUUUGCCCCAGCCCAAAGAAGAGGAACACUUCUCUAUACUUAAUGCAGCAGAAAAGAAUCAGGAUGCAUGCUUAUGUAGUCGUUAUUCGCAGACUGAAUCACAGGACUUUGCUCUUCUGUGGAGAUUAGAAAAGAAAAUGUUUUUUCCUGAGACUGCCAAAGUAUUGCAUGGCAGGCUUGAUGGCUUCAAACCGAAAGGUAUAGAUAAUGCCUCAAAUUCUCAGGAAAAAAUACCCUAUCGAGUUAUGUAUGAUAAAAGUACAUUAGUGGAAGAAAGUGAAUUUACCAAUAUUGAUGAGUCUGAAAAGCUAAAUAUGCUAUGUAAGCUCUUUGAGUCUGUUCCAUUUGAAGCUCUGAAAGAUCUGUAUGAAAGAUGUAACAAAGACAUAGUCUGGGCCACAGGUCUGCUGUUAGACUCUGAUGAAAAGUUAUGCAAAGAUGUUGAUGCUGAAUGCUUUCAAGUUAGAGAAGCUGGGCCAGUUGUCGCAGACCUUGAUUCCAAGGCAAGUACAAAGUAUGGUGAGAAUCUCAAAGACUGCCAACAAAUGCCACAAAGAAUUGGGGCUGGUUGUAUCUCUGAGCCUUCAGAAGACAAGAGCUCAUCACUGAGCACUGCAGAAAAUGCUACCAUGGCAACUGUGACAGACAAUGAUGUCUGUGACUCGUUGACUGCUGCUUCAUGGAAUGAUUUGUCAGAACUGAAUUCUGGAGAUGCAGCCCCUAGAACUGAUGCAGGCAGCUCAGCAGCAGUAGUCAUUGAGCUGUCUGUUUCAGGAAAGCAGAAGAUAGAGUCUGAGAGUCCUGUUGAAGAAACUAUAAAUAAGCCAUCAGUCUCACAACUUGAUGCAGGUUUCUGUAUACCUGUGACUUUGCCUCAUGAUCCUAGCACAACUUCUACUAAUCUGAAAUUUGUAUUAAAUAACGAAAGUGGCAGUAACCCUUCAGUGAGCAGUGCAGAACAAGUGACUGCUUCCUUACUGGAAAUGGAUCAUGCACCUUUGGUCGGUCCUAGGAAUGACAAAGAACUGGAGGUGGAUAAAGAAACCCAGGGGAGUUCCGGGAAGGUGUGUGGUAAAGGAGAAGUUGAAACUCCAAGCUGGGAUGAAGCUAAAGCCAAGACACAAAGCUGUAUACCAGCAUCACAUGCAGCCUUCAAUAUAGAUUGCCUAGAACUAACAUUACCUCCUGAACUGGCACUUCAACUGAAAGAAAUAUUUGGGCCUGUUGGCAUUGAUGCAGGAUCACUAACUGUUGAGGAUUGUGUGGUUCAUAUUGAUCUGAAUUUGGCAAAAGUGAUUCAUGAAAAAUGGAAAGAAUCUAUUCUGAAGCGUCAGAGGAGAGAUGAAUCAUCUAAGUUGUUUGCAGCAGGUCCUACUGUGAUUCAACAGAUAAAUACAGACGACUCGGAAAUGCUGUUAUCUCAGAAUGCAAACAGUAAAAUACAGAAGAAAAAAAUGAGUGGAGCUUCAGGCUCAUGUAAUGACAUACAGACUAAAAAACCAGCAUCAUCAGAUGUUUUUCCUUUUAUGGAUCACUGGAAUGCUCAGAUUCAGAAAGUUUCUCUCAGACAAAUAAUUUCCGAAGAAAAAGCUAUGCAGGAGAAACAAGACCUGAAUCGUAUUUCUUCUAUGGCUAGAAAAGACUGUGCUGCUAAACUAAAGGAGAAACAACUUUUUGAGAUGUUUCCAACUAUUAAUCAAAAUUUCUUAAUGGAUGUCUUCAAGGACAACAACUACUCUUUAGAACAAACUGAGCAGUUUCUGAACUGUGUUCUGGAGGCAGAUCCUGUAAAAACAGUUAUAGCUCAAGAAAGUAUUCAGCAAAAUGAAAUUGUUUCUUCCUACAGUGCUGCAAAGAACCGGGAGAAAAAGGUGAAAAAAAGUAAGGAAGAGGAUGAUCCUCUGAGUGAAAUAUUUCAAGAAUUUGAGUAUCCACAAUAUGAUGAUUUAAGAGCAGAAGCUUUUUGUCACCAGCAAAAGAGACAGGAAUGUUUGAAAAAGGCUGGGGAGGCCUACCGCAUGGGUAUGAAGCCUGUGGCAGUAUUUUAUGCACAUCAGGGUCGCCUUCAUGAGCAGAAGAUGAAGGAAGCCAACCAUGCUGCUGCUGUGCAAAUCUUUGAGAAAGUAAAUACUUCCUUGUUGCCUAUGAAUGUGUUGGAUCUGCAUGGUCUCCAUGUGGAUGAAGCUGUGAAUCAGUUGUCCAGAGUGCUGCAUGAAAAAAGUGAAGAGUACCAGCAGACUGGUGGUAAACCAUAUCUCUGUGUGAUCACGGGAAGAGGAAGCCAUAGUCAGGGAGGAGUUGCUCGCAUCAGACCAGCAGCUAUCAGAUACCUCACAAACCACAACUUCAGGUUCACAGAAAUAAAACCAGGCUGCCUGAAAGUCAUGCUGAAUUGAAGGGUUGUUGAGAAGAGAAGAAGAAUGUAGCAACUGAGGUGUCGAUUACAGCUAAAAACUUUUUGAACAACUGCAAUAGUAUUUUGUAAUUGUUUUAAAGGAUGAUAUUUUAUUAGAAAUGAUCUCGAAUUUACAGCAAGUGCUUUUGUCAGUGUGUUUCCAAGAAAAUUUUUGUGUGGAGUGGAUCCUUUUUUGAACCUGCAAAAGAAGACACAGGAUUUGAAGUCUCAGAAAUGCAGAUUAAGAAUUCUGCUGAGCAGUAUAUGAUGUUUUAAAGGGAAGUUAAGGUACAAUUUUUAAAUAUAACUAUCUUUUCAGCAUACCCAGUCUAUGUAUUUUGACCCUCACACAUCAAUUGCUGUGGAUUUUGUGCUUUUAAAACAUAGUACUUGUAAGAAAUUAUCUUGUGAUUCAGAGCUUUGCGCUAAACCCUUCAGAAGGGCACAGUAAAGAUGGGACUUCGGCAACUACUGAUAUUUCAAAUCCAGUUACAACUGAGUGCUAAAUUUUUCCAGGUUUCUUCAAAAGUUUGAUGUCUUUUUAGGGGUUAUUUUGUGAUGGGUCGACCAGUUCAAUUGUCCUUAUUCCAUUCUAUAUUUCUCCUGAUAAUGAUGGAAGUUGCAUAUAAGGGACUGUGCAUCAAGACCAGCUGUGUGGUAAUUUUGCAGACUUACUGUGACCUGUUAAAGGGAAAAAUAACAGUGCUGUAGUUCAGUCGCUACUUACACAUAGUUAAUACUGUGAUUUUGCAGGAAAUUCCCUUACUUUUUUCAAUAUCUACCAGAUUAAAAGUGUUUCUUCCUUUACGGCUUUUUAAAUGGAGCAAAUUGAGUACUGUUUCACUUUACAGGUGUCCAGUAGUGAUGUGUCUUCAUUCUGUGUGUAUUAAACGUGGUGAUUUCCUUGUAGAAAAUAUGAUUGUCUAUGAGACAUUUAAAAUGUAUUUUUAACAUGAAAGCGAAUGCUGAUACUACAGUAGCAAUUGCCUAACUGGAAGAUCUUGGGAGUACAGAAGUUAUUCUGGUGGUGGUGGUGUUGCAUCAGCAUCUAGAAAUACUUGUGUGCGGGGGGGGGGAAAUCCCGAAUGACACCCCCCUCAAUGAAAUAUAAACAUCUGUACUUUGUCAGAUGUUUCCAGUAAGCAAUCAGAACAGUUUUUUAAUAGAAAUAUCUUCUAGAUUGCGUUAUUACUUUCAUUUACAUCUUUGCCUCUUGAAAGGCAUACACAUUUUUGUUGUAAGGCUUUUUCAGAACUGAUAAGAAUUGUGUAUUAGGAAUAAUAUUAAUAGGUCAGGGCUUAAUGGGACAGUAUUGGUUUCUUCAUUUUAAACCACUUUUGCAGUAAAUUUUAUCCAGGCUCAACAUGCACAUAGAAUUUGCAUAUGAACCCAUAUGUGAGUGCAAGUUCUGCCAUUUAUGUGCAUGUGUAGCAAUAAGCGAGGAACUUCUGUGAGAAAAGCUGUGCACAGAAAUAGGUUUCACUUGAAAAUGUGUCUGUAUAAGUUGCUGACAAACUGAAAGACAUAUUUCCUGAAUAUCCAUAUUUACUGCAACACAGUGAAUGCAAUGUAUGGUAGCCUUAAGAAUGAGUUUGUCAUGCUUCAAUAGAUACAAUGAUCUGUACAUGGUGAAUUCCAGUGGAAGAAUGGCUUGAAUAAUCAAAGGGACUCUUACUGGAAUGGUGGGCUGUCAUAAUAAGGUUAUUUUUUGUGGAUACUUAGUUCAUCUGAAUUAUGUCUUGUGUUAUUUUCUUCCUCUCUUGGCUGUUCUGGUAACCAGUGAGUGAAAUGCAAAAACAUCUGUGCUCCCCAAACAGCACUAGCAGAGCUGUUUCUGUCGGCACACAGUGUCCUGUGUGGUGAGGCCCAUGCUCCAUCCUCUGUGACAGUGCCUAAAAUGGUCUGAGAUGUUAUUUGGGCACUUGGAUUGAGGCAGCAGUUCCAGACUAUCAGCUGGCCAGGGCUGCAGGUGCUAGAAUUGCCUCAGCGGGGCUAGGAUCUUUCUUUUGGACCACUGAACAGGUUUUCCUUAGGGCUACUGUUCAUAACAAAUGGAGGUGCAGCUCUUUACAGUGUAGUCCCUGUUGGUUGGUCUGGGUGGCUGAGUUGCCCAGAAAAGGUCUCGGUGUAUGCUCAGAAGUGUUGCGUUGAGCUGCUCGGUGCCCAAGCCCUACAGUGAUGUGCUUGUAAACAGGGAAGUACCAACUCUUCUGGUUGUUUCGGGAGGGGACCUUCACACCAUUCCCAACAUGGACAAAGACAGCUUAGAUUUCAGUUCAAAAGACAACCAUUAAAAGUGCAUAAGCAGACUCGGGAAGAGGGCUAGGACUUCCGAAAAGAAGCUGUUCCCACCGAGGUUCAGUGUCCUUCCAUACUGUUUUUUCUCUUGGUCCAGUUUGGAUAAAUGCAUAAAAAAUGUUCAGGGCAAAACCUCAGCCCCACCCAUUACUUAGGAGAGUUUGUUUUCUUCAGUCCGUCAAAGUCACCAGAGGAUUACAUAGCUUAAGACCAAUUUGGAGUACUCUCUCUCCCUCUCUCCGUUGUCCUUUUGGGUGCAGGUUGAGGUUCACUAAGGUACUCUGAAUAGCCUAUCUGGCUAUAGGUUGAUCAUUCGCCUAGUAGAAAUUGUUUUGAUUAGAGGCUGAACUUUGAUGGAAGACAGUGACUUAAAAUUGUAACAUAGGCAGAACCAUUCUUGCCGGUAUUGAAGUUAGCGGCAGAACCUCUGUCAGCUUCAGCAACUCAAGGUGAGGCAUGGAAGUUCCAACUUGAAAAAAGCUGAGCUCAUUAUAUUUUCUCCUUCUAUAGAAUCUUAAGCAUGUGCUUAGAAGCUGUGCUGAGCUGGGUACAGAAUGCAGCAGAUCAGUCCACAGAGAGAAAGAAAGUAGACUUUUAUUAAUAGGGACCUCCAUGCCUUCAGCUACUUGCCAAACUGUCCAGAAAGAACCCACUGGACUUCUUGUAUUUCUUUGACUUUUUUAUAAUAUAUAGUGGGAUGAAUUCUAUCAAGUAUAAUUGUUUCAAAAUGGUAUUUCAAAGUAGGUUACAUUGCAGAAAUUGCAGCCUUUCUGAUGUCUUUUACAGUUACAUCAGUGAGAAUCCUGAGGUACUGUGUAAAUUCUGUAUCAUCGUAUACUUUUAAUUAAAGUAACACUUAGCAGUAUUGCCACCAGCACUCUGAAAUAAUGUGUGACUGUUCAAUACCUACUUUUGUGUACCACUUUUUAUUCUAUUCUUCAACAGCGUGUGGUUGUGGUGACUAGUAGCCUUUAAUAUGUGACUUUUCGUUUCUUUUUUACAAAACGUUUUAACAUCUACCCCAAUUUUUAAUUUAGGAAAAUUAUCUUUUAUUAAUACAAAAUUUAAUGCUUGUGCUGGCAUUAAUGAGUAAUCUUACAGUAAAGAAAAAAAAAAGGCUGAGAGGUGCAAUGAAGACAGUUGUUUUCCUAAGUAUGUGUUUAAAAAUAUAUUUCAGCUGAUUGUGAAAGUAGUAGGGCAAAAGCGAUUUUUAAAAAAAAUAUUUCAAGAUAUCUUGAAAAUACUUCAGUGACUUUGGCUUUUGCUUUUAAUAGUACGUGGUACAAUUUUAUUCAACUUGAUGUUUUUGUAGGUCUGUUGAAGGGACAUCUCAGGCAAAGUUUAACUGGCAUUUUUUUGUGGCUGUUGGAAACCGUUGUGACUUGGGAAUCCCUGUUUAAACAAUGUCCAAAUGCUCUAGUCAUAACCUAGAACAUCUGGAAUAUCACUGUUGUGAACACGUACGACAUCAGGAAAGAUCUUUACAUGCUUAGCAGAACACAUUGUAGAAGUUUUUACUUGAGGACAUGAAAUGUAACUGAAUUGUUAUUUAAUCUUGCCACAAAAUAUGUUGGGUAGACGAGAAUAAUUUCAUUGUUUAUAAUGGCAAAGAAGGAUCAUCAUAAAUGUAAUAUGUGAAAUUAUACAUAGACUUUACAUUACUGAUGCUUACGUCUUCAAAUGCAAUUCACAUUUCCAGAAUAUUGCCCUCUUUGCAGAGCUGGGGAGAGGACAGAGUAUGAACACCAUAACAAAGAAGAGUUCAUUGACUUACCACAAUUCCCAAGGUAUCAUGUUCUCUUAAAAAACCCUCACAGAAAACCCAACCAAAGCCCAACUGUUCAUGCUAUUUUAGCUAAAUAAACUGUGCAGAGGUUUAAAUGACUGUAUGUGAAUAUGCAUGUGAAGAGAGCUAGCAUUGCAGCUACCAGCUGUAAAAGCUGUUAGGACCAGUACAUUGGAAGAUAUCAGUGUCUAUUUUUAAAUUAAAAUAAAAAGAUUUUUUUAAUCUGUAUGAAGUUGUAAUUUUGCUGUUAACUAUAACUUUCAUUUUUUAAUGAAAUACAGUUUUGUAAUUUGCAUUUAAAAUUUCUAAUGUGAAAAGGAGUUUACAAAAUCUAGUUUAAUAAAGGAUUUUUGCCACA